AUGAAGUUGCCGCCAGGUGGCCUGGUUCUGGGGGCUCGAAAUUUCAGCAGUGUCAAAUUCAUGGACCAGAAGCGGUCGGGAGAGGAGACUGUGUACUUCAAGAAAGAAGAUGAGGCUCUUUUGCGCAACUUGCUGGCGAACCAUCCAGAAUACGACCCAAAAUAUUCAGUGGACCAUAUGAGCUCCGAGCUGGGCGCCAUCGCGCGAGAUAUAACUCUCGCGUGCCAGAAGCACGGCAUGAAGGAUCCUUCGGCGGCAUUCAUGAAGGACUUAAUCUCGAUUUUUAGCACCCAUGGAUAUGCGAAAGUUUCCAAGUAG